UCCCCCUCUUCCCCUCUUUUAAAAAAUCUGACUGUUGGGCCUGUAAAUCACUAUCCCGACUUCUUUUCCUUUCAUUCCUUUGGUGUAUGCGCCUUCCACAGCGGGGCCCAUAAUAUCAACAACACUGUACAACUUCCGGCUGUAGCGUUGUGUGACUGAAUUUUUGUUGCUGUGGUAAAGGAUUGCAAUAGACAUGGUUGAGCUUCUUUUUGAGGAUAAUUUUGUUGUCACUGCCUUGGAUCCUGAUGGCAAGAAGUUUGACAAGGUUUCACGAAUUGUAGCAAAGAGUGAGCAAUUCGAUAUGGAUUUGCAACUUGAUGUAAACAUAGAGAUAUAUCCUCUUCGCGUGGAUGAAAAAUUCAAGAUGGUGUUAGCUCCUACGCUAAGCUUGGAUGGAACUCCUGACAGUGGCUAUUUCACUCAGGGAGGGAGAAAAUCACUUGCUGACAAAUUUGAGUAUGUUAUGCAUGGAAAGCUCUAUAAGAUCUCGGAGGAAGGUUCCGGAUCCAAUGUGAAAGUGGAGCUAUAUGUUUCAUUUGGUGGCCUUCUGAUGAUGUUGAAGGGGGACCCUUCAAAUGCGGCCAACUUCGAGUUAGACCAGAGGCUGUUUCUCCUGAUCAGGAAAUAACAUAUAUAGUCUCCAUGAGCCUUUCUUUAACAACUGAAAACACUUUGAGUUGGGUCUGGACCCACAGCU